CGGAAGUGAGGCAUAUUCGAGGCGACGUGGUGGCCAAGGAGCGCAGUCGGUGCGAGUGAGGCCCAGAGCAACGCCGCCCACUCUGCCUUCCUGCCUGUCCUUUCGAGACAAUGUGUAUCCUUGGACAUUAAGCCCCCAGCUAUAAUCUUUCAGCCAUGAUUCAGUGAUGCCUACAACGUCAUACCUGCCAACCUGCAACUGUGCUACAGGCAGCCACAAAACAAAGAAACCCAAUAACAUCCAUAAAAAGACCAUCAAACACUCAAUGUGCAGAAAAACAAAUCGUGCAAACAACAAAAACAAGCAAACAGCUGAACUUCAUGAAAUCUGCCGGAGAAAAACGUUCCCAGUUUACUUGGAGCAGGAGUUCAUUUGUCUGUGCGCUCUGUCCCAAUGGGAGAUGAAAAGGAUAACUGGAAAGUGAAAACUCUGGAAGAAAUUUUGCAGGAAAAGAAGCGGCGAAAAGAGCAAGAGGAGAAAGUUGAUGUAAAACGUUUAAAAAAUUUGGAUGACAGAGAUUCUAAACGAGACUCACUGGAAGAAGGAGAGCUUCAAGAACAUAAGAUGGAGAUAACUAUCCGUAAUUCACCACACAGACGAGAAGGAUCAAUAGAGGAUCGAGGUGAGGAGGAUGAUUCCUUGGCAAUUAAACCUCCUCAACAAACGUCCAAAAAGGAAAAAUCUCACCACAGGAAAGAGGAAAGAAGGAAGGAAAAACGAAGGCAUCGAAGCAGAUCGACUGAAGGAAAGCACAUGAGAGGGAAGGAGAAAGACAAAGAAAAAGAGAGGGAGCAUGAGCGAAGGAAACGACAACGAGAGGAACAAGAUAAGGCACGUAGAGAACGAGAGAGGCAGAAACGGAGAGAACUUGCCAGAGAACAUUCCAGAAGAGAAAGGGAUCGUCUUGAGCAACUUGAGCGUCAGAGGGAACGGGAGAGAAGAAUGAGGGAGAGGGAGCAACUACAAAAAGAACAAUGGGAAUUGAAAGAGCGUGAAAGGAGAGCUGAGGAACGGCGAAAGGAGCGAGAUAUCAGGAGGGAAGCCAUGAUGCAUCACCGUGGACUGAAGGAUGAGUAUGCUGAGAAAAUUAAACUCCAUUACAGGAACCACAGCCCAGUCUGGCGUCACACUGACAGGUUUGAACUGGGAGAUGGAAGAAAAAGUGUGAAGGAAGAGAGGUAUGAGGAAAAAGACGCACCAUCUGAUUUGCAAGACAUCAGCGACAGUGAAAUAAAGACCACGUCUGGAGAAAGUUCCUCAGGUUCUGCAACGGCCUCAGAGGCCGAGAGCACCAGUGAGGGCUCAGAGGAGUCGCCAAGUCCGUCUGAUGUGGAGUCAGAGCCGUCUCCUGGAGAGAUCAGUGAAGAUGAAGAGCACAGUGACGAGGAAAGGCAGAACGGAAACCACCUCCAAAUGGUUACAGAAUCAAAGUUUGACCAUGAUUCAGAAGAGAGCGUGGAGGAGGAGGAAGAGGAGGAGAUGGAGGAUGAGGAGGACGAGGAGGAGGAGGAGGAGGGGAGUCCGAUCUCCAACGCUCCUACUGAAGGAGAUUAUGUUCCUGACUCACCGCCUGCCUCACCAGUGGAACUGAAGAAAGAGCUGCCGCAGUACUUGCCUGCUCUUCAGGGUUGCCGUAGUGUAGAGGAAUUUCAGUGUCUUAAUAGAAUUGAAGAAGGAACAUAUGGUGUGGUUUACCGAGCCAAGGACAAAAAGACAGAUGAAAUAGUAGCUUUGAAACGAUUAAAAAUGGAGAAGGAAAAGGAAGGAUUUCCAAUCACGUCUCUGCGAGAAAUCAACACCAUUCUCAAAGCACAGCAUCCCAACAUUGUCACAGUUAGAGAAAUAGUUGUGGGAAGCAAUAUGGAUAAAAUAUAUAUAGUUAUGAAUUAUGUGGAACAUGACCUCAAGAGUUUAAUGGAAACCAUGAAACAACCUUUCUUACCAGGUGAAGUCAAAACGCUCAUGAUUCAGCUUCUCAAAGGUGUUCGACACCUUCAUGAUAACUGGAUCUUGCAUCGAGACUUAAAGACGUCUAAUCUGUUGCUAAGCCACUCAGGAAUUCUGAAGAUUGGUGACUUUGGACUUGCCCGAGAGUAUGGAUCACCAUUGAAGCCCUACACACCUGUAGUGGUAACCCUCUGGUACCGAACUCCUGAGCUGCUGCUUGGAGCAAAGGAAUACUCGACAGCCAUCGAUCUGUGGUCAGUAGGCUGCAUCUUUGCUGAGUUCCUCACUCAGAAACCCCUUUUUCCAGGGAAAUCAGAGAUUGACCAGAUUAACAAAAUCUUUAAGGAGCUGGGAACCCCGAGUGAGAAGAUAUGGCCAGGUUACAAUGAGCUCCCUGCAGUCAAGAAAAUGACCUUCACCGAGUACCCGUUCAAUAACCUGCGGAAACGAUUUGGCGCCCUGCUAUCUGACCAAGGUUUUGACCUCAUGAACAAAUUUCUGACUUACUGUCCGGCCAAGAGAAUUACAGCAGAGGAGGCUCUGAAACAUGACUACUUCAGGGAGACGCCCCUGCCAAUAGAGUCAUCCAUGUUCCCAACCUGGCCAGCUAAGAGUGAGCAACAAAGGGUUAAACGUGGCACUAGCCCCCGGCCCCCAGAAGGUGGUCUCGGCUACAGCCAGCUGGGAGAUGAUGAUCUGAAAGACACUGGCUUCCAUCUGACAACCACAAACCAGGGAGCCUCUGCUGCUGGGCCAGGUUUCAGCCUGAAGUUCUGAUGGAGAGGCCAGAGUGCACAGCUCUGUAGCAUCAGCAGUUUGUCAUCUUUCUCGUGUAGUACUGCAGGUCAACAAGGUUCUUGGAUUUUUUUUAAGCUUUUAAACUAUUCAUUUGUAAAAUGUAAAAUAAUUCAAUCAAGUUGUUUGCAAAGAGAAUAAUUGUUAAACUUGACUGCUCAAAGUGGAAUAUUUUGUUGUACAUGUAGAGUUUUGGUAAAUUUAAAAAUAAAGCCCC